UCUCGAUAAAAAGAAUAAAAGGAGGUGUAAAAGUAGAGGAUUAGACCAUAAAGCAAGUAGCACUUCUGUCAAAGGUGUUGAAAGACAACAAAAAAUUAAAUUCCGACAGCCGAUAAAAGUUCAACCAAGAAAUACACAUACUUCACGCCUAUCUGGUCUCGCAAAAAUGAUUGAUGAUAAAAUACCUUCUUCAACUCCAAUGUCAGUUUUCAAGCAUGAGAAUGUAUGAAUGCCUUUAAAACAUCCGCAUUCAUUUGUAUAAGUUCACUAGCUCUAUCAAAGCUUAAUACAAGUAUUUUUCCAACUUCGCCUACUAAUUUCUCAAGUGCUGGUUGCAAUAUGAGUAUGCAUAAAUCUACUGCAUUUGGAAAUUUUGGUAGACUCACAAAAAUUACUUCCUAUUCUGGCUCAAAAAAUCGAAAACUAGCAACUGGGACUAAAGUUAUUGAUCCUCAAAAGAUGGAGGAAUUCAACUCUGCACAGCCUAUUUCAGUAAGACCUAGUAGAAUACCUCAACACUCUCUUCAAUACAUCCAACAGCUCCAGAAGCAAGCUUGGGGAACUAUGAAGAGACUUCACUUCAGCAAAUACAAGAGAGAAAAAUCAUCAAGCCAGUUCGGAUUUACUCACAAGGUAGAUGUAAAGCGUAUCCUUGAGACAAACGAUGAAGAGAAGCCUGAGAAAUCGCAGAAUAAGAUUCUCUGAACCCCGGUCUCCAUCCCUGUCGGGUCACCUUUUAAUAUCUCUGGGAAUAAACCGAUGAAUAAACCAGAAACAAAAAGUGUUCUGAGCUCAAGGCCAAAAUCAAGCACGAAGUCUAGAGCAAAAUCAUUAAGAAAGAGUGGGAAAAUGAGGUCAUACACUAGUCAUGAGAAUAGGUCUAGAAAGCCUAAGCAACUUUAACAACUUCGGUGCGAGGGUAAAGACUCGAGCAGACUCAAAGUACAGAGUUGUGAUGAGCAAAGACCAUAAGAAAUGGAUCCUUGACAUAAGUAAUCUCGAGCAUGAAGCAAGUCCUACAAAAGAUCAAAAUAUACAGAUUAGCCGGAGAAGUAGUGGAGAACAGAAGGAAGAGGAUAACGUUUUAAUCCCACGCUAUUCAUUCGAAAUUCCUCAAACUGUAAAGGCAACUCCUCAGGUUCAGAAAAAGAAGCGCAAGAAGGAAUUCAGCCUUUACUCAAGCAAAGUAAGAAAGUUCAAGGCAAAGAAUAGGAAGGCUAUAUUCAAAAAUUGACUGGCAAGGCCAAAAUCUGGUGUACCGGAGUCUAAGAUGCUCUAAACCUUAACCUAAUCAUGGUAAUGAUCUUAAUAACCUAUUUU